AGGUUUACAUAUUUCUGGAGAUACGAGUCUCCGUUCAGUCAACAUUACCCUGUGACCUUUGAACUGGAUGGCAUGAUCUUCAACUGUGCUGAACAAUAUUAUAUGUUCAAGAAGGCUGAACAUUUUGAUGAUACGAAUUCAAUGUUGGAAAUAAUGAAGAGUUGUAAGCCAAUGGAGCAGAAGAGUAUUGGGAGGAAGGUGGUUGGUUUUGAUAAAGAGGUUUGGGAUAAAAUCAGUAGAGCUGUUGUCAGAAAAGGCAAUUAUGCUAAAUUCUCCCAGAAUGAAGAGCUGCUGCAGAUUUUGUUAUCGACUCGAGGAACGACAUUGGUGGAAGCCAGCCCUAAGGAUGCUCUGUGGGGCAUCAACUUGGAAGCUGAUAAUUAUCUCGUUCUCAAGAGAAAUUGGUGGCGUGGUCAGAAUUGGCUCGGGGAGGAAUUAACUAAAUUGAGAGAU